ACAGUGUGUUUAGGCGAGACGGGAGAAGCUCGUGGAAAAAGGGAUGAGAGGUGGGACGCUCGAUGUAGCGGACUAUCACUUUUAAACACCGGGAGGCUCGAAAAGUUGUGUGAAGUUUUCAGGCGACCGAGGAGCGUGUAGCUUUAGGAAUUUCAGCCUUUGGGAAGACGACAACAGCUUAUAGUUAACAAACAAUGCUUGUUUAAAUAUUCCUUUACUAAUAACAUGAAAAGAAGCCGACGGGUAGUGCGCUAGGCGAAUGUAAACAAAUUCAUGGAGAUAUGUUAUACCUCCGUUUUGGUAUUGUCGAAUUGAUUUGUGCAUUCGUGGGAUAGUCAAUAGUUAGCUUUACAUUUUGGCAUUUCUGUAUUACUAACGCGUUAAUAUGGCAGAGCACGAAAGUCUGGAGUUCGGAAAGGCGGACUUUGUUCUUCUGGACAAUGUGUCUUUGGAAGAGUUUAUGGCCAACCUCAAACUCAGGUUUGAAAAGGGUCGUAUCUACACCUACAUCGGAGAAGUGGUAGUGUCAGUUAACCCUUACCGUGCCAUGAACAUUUACGGACGGGACACCAUCGAGCAAUACAAAGGCAGAGAAUUGUACGAGCGACCACCACAUCUUUUCGCCAUCGCCGAUGCUGCAUAUAAAGCCAUGAAGAGGAGGAACAAAGACACUUGCAUUGUUAUCUCAGGCGAGAGCGGAGCAGGAAAAACGGAGGCUAGUAAAUAUAUUAUGCAAUAUAUUGCUGCUAUCACCAAUCCCAGCCAAAGAGCAGAAGUGGAGAGGGUAAAAAACAUGCUGCUGAAGUCCAACUGCGUCCUGGAGGCUUUUGGGAAUGCCAAGACCAACCGCAAUGAUAACUCCAGUCGGUUCGGCAAGUACAUGGAUAUCAACUUUGAUUUUAAGGGAGACCCCAUUGGCGGCCAUAUCAACAACUACCUGCUUGAGAAGUCUCGAGUCAUUUUUCAGCAGGAAGGAGAGAGGAGUUUCCACUCUUUCUACCAGCUGAUGAAAGGAGCUCCAGAUGCUCAGCUGCGGUCCCUGCACAUUCAGAGAGACCCCACAGCAUACACCUACAUCAAAGUUGGAGGCCAGAUAAAGUCGUCUAUAAAUGACAGUGCUGAUUUUAAAGCUGUCACUGAUGCCAUGAAGGUCAUUGGAUUCACUACAGAGGAGAUUCAGACAGUCUACAAGAUCCUGGCUACCAUCUUGCAUCUGGGGAAUCUGAAGUUUGGAAGUGAUGGAGAUGUGACUCUCAUUGAGAACUCUAAGCUAGUGUCCAUUCUGGGGGAUUUGCUGUCCACCAAAGACGAAAAUGUAGAAAAGGCUCUGCUCUAUCGCACUGUGGCCACCGGCCGCGAUGUCAUUGACAAACAGCACACUCAUCAAGAGGCCAGUUAUGGCCGUGAUGCUUUGGCCAAGGCCAUUUAUGAGCGGCUGUUCUGUUGGAUUGUGGGAAGAAUCAAUGACAUCAUCGAGGUGAAAAACUAUGAUGUCAGGGUUCAUGGGAAGAACACAGUCAUUGGAGUCCUGGACAUCUAUGGGUUUGAGAUCUUUCAGAAUAACAGCUUUGAGCAAUUCUGUAUAAACUACUGUAAUGAGAAACUACAGCAGCUCUUCAUUCAACUGGUGUUGAAACAAGAGCAAGAAGAGUAUCAAAGAGAGGGUAUCCCCUGGAAACAUAUUGACUACUUCAACAACCAGAUCAUCGUGGAUCUGGUGGAACAGCAGCAUAAGGGAAUUUUUGCAGUCCUGGAUGAGGCAUGCAUGAAUGUGGGGAAGGUGACGGAUGAGAUGUUCCUGCAGGCUCUCAAUGGAAAACUGGUGAAACAUGCCCACUACACCAGCCGCAAGCUUUCCCCCACGGACAAAAACCUGGAGUUUGACCGAGACUUCCGCAUCCGCCAUUAUGCUGGAGAUGUGGCUUAUUCUGUUGUAGGCUUUAUUGACAAGAACAAGGACACCUUGUUUCAGGACUUCAAGAGGUUACUUUACAACAGCUCAAACCCUGUACUGAAAGCCAUGUGGCCAGAGGGCAAGCUGAGGAUCACAGAGGUCACCAAACGACCCCUGACUGCUGCCACACUCUUCAAAAACUCCAUGAUCUCUCUGGUGGAGAACUUGGCCAGCAAGGAGCCGUACUACGUGCGUUGCAUAAAGCCGAAUGAAGUUAAGUCACCACUACUGUUUGAGCAUGAGCGCUGCAAGCACCAAGUGGAGUACCUGGGCCUCCUGGAGAACGUCCGGGUGCGACGAGCUGGUUUUGCUAACCGACAAAUCUACCCACGGUUCCUUCAGAGGUAUAAGAUGAUCUCAGAGUUCACCUGGCCCAACCAUGACCUGCCGUCUGAUAAGGAGGCGGUGAAACGUCUGUUGCAGAGUUGUGGGUUCGAACACGACGUGGCCUACGGCAAGACCAAAGUGUUUAUUCGCACCCCUCGAACCAUCUUCAGCCUGGAGGAGCAGAGGGCAGAGAUGGUGAAGAGGAUCGUCCUCUUUCUGCAGAAGGUGUGGCGUGGGACACUGGCCAGAAUGCAUUACCGCCGCAUGCGUGCCGCCCUCAUCAUCAUCCGGGCAUACAGAAGAUACAAGGUUAAGUCAUACAUCCGUGAUGUCAACCGGCGCUUCAAAAAUGUCCGUGGCAUGAAGGAUCACGGCAAACAUGUGAAGUGGCCCACACCGCCCAAGGUCUUGCGCAAGUUUGAGGAGGCACUGAGGAACAUCUAUAACAGAUGGUGGGCCUGGACGCUCAUUAAAGACCUGUCUCCAGAGCAAUUGGUGCAGAUCAGGGCUAAAGUGGCCACAUUAGAGUGUCUGAAGGGGCAGAGAGCAGAUCUCGGACUGCAGAGAGCCUGGGAGGGCAACUACCUGAAAAAGGACAGUCCUGGGACAGCGUCUUCCUUUACUCUUAUUUCCAGUGACCUGCAGAGGAAAGAUAAGUUCAUGAGAGUCCUCUUCUCCUGCAAUGUCCGCAAAAUCAAUCGCUUCAAUAAAGCAGAGGACCGAGCAUUGCUCAUUACUGAUCGCCACCUCUACAAAAUGGACCCUGUCAAGCAGUACAAGCCCAUGAAGAGCAUCCCACUCUAUAAUGUGACCGGAGUGAGCAUUUCCCCUGGGAAAGACCAGCUGGUUGUCUUCCACACCAAAGACAACCGGGACCUAAUCGUGUGCCUGCAGGGGAUGGUGCCAGCGGGGGAUAGCCGCAUCGGAGAGCUGGUUGGGACUCUGCUCAGCCACUUCAAAAGUGAGAAGAGGAAGCUACAGGUGAACAUUGUCAGCCCCAUUCACUGCAGUAUGAAUGGAAGGAAGUGCACUGUCGUUGUGGAAACCAAGAUCAACCAAUCACAGCCAGACUUCACCAAGAGCCGAUCGGGAUACAUUCUCUCAGUGCCAGGCAACUAAAGGACCAGGGAUCCCAAAACGACCCCUUUAAAAGGACAUUGACAGCAGGAUAUCGGUUGAACCACAGAAAUUAAGCCAUACCCAAUUUUCCUGAAGACAGGCAAGGACGAAUAUUUAAUUUAGAAAAAAGUUUGUCCCUAAAUUCCAAACUUCAGUUUAGAUUAUUUUCAAGAUGACAAGGAGGUAGCGAUAUAUACCCUCAAAGAAGAUUUACCAAACUCGGCAUUGUUUAUUUAUUAAACAUUACAACCAAAUGAAGGGCAAUCAUAAAUUUAAUAUUUAUGAGGAACAGGAUACACAAGAUGUAAAAGUAUCUAACUUGUGUUUUGAGGUUUUUCCUUCAAAGGGAAUUUGUUGGUUUUUGAUCAAUGCUUCAUAUGGGAUGACGAAUAGCUCUGCUUGUGUCCCGACAUAUUGCACAGAUCAUAAGCAGUCCUGCGGUUGCUGCUGAAUUUGAUCAGAUGCUCUUGAGCAGGAUGUGUUGAUCAUAUCCUUAAACUCAUUAACUGCUCAGAGAGGUGCGUUAAACUCUCAUAAUUUAAACCAUUCUCUUUUUCUGCAUAUAGCUGGUCAUUUAUAGCACAUAUUGUAUACAGA